AUGGUAAAGACAUGGAGUAGAUUAACGUGCACUUUUCGCAAAAUUCUAUUACCCGAGCUGCAGCUUAGCAGACCUUAUUCAAAAAUAUUGCCUGGGGUUGCUUCCAACAUCCGCAUACUAAAUAACAAAAUCACAAACUUGAUUCGAAACAGUAAAUUGGAUGACGCAAGGAUGUUGUUCGACAAAUCAAAACAGAGAAACUCGGUAACCUGGAAUUCAAUGCUGAGUGGAUAUGUGAGACGGAGGGAGAUAGUGAAAGCACGACAACUGUUCGAUGAAAUGCCUGAAAGAGAUACUGUAUCAUGGAACACAAUGAUUUCUGGAUACGUUGGUUGUCGUUGUUUAAAUGAGGGAAGGAUCUUGUUUGAUGAAAUGCCAUGUAGAGAUUUAGUUUCUUGGAAUACGAUUAUUAGUGGGUACGCAAAGAACGGAAAGAUGAAUGAAGCUUUGAGGCUCUUUACUCAAGCGCCGAAUAGGAAUCCUGUUUCUUGGAAUGCUAUGGUUACAGGAUUUUUACAGAAUGGUGAUUUGAGGAAUGCCGUUGAGUUUUUCAAGAAAAUGCCUGAGCGAGAUGCUGCUUCUCUUAGUGCACUUGUGUCAGGUCUUAUUCAUAAUGGGGAAUUAGAUGAAGCUGAAAAGAUUCUGCUCGAUACUUCAUUUGAGAAUGAUACAAUAGUGGAUAAGGUGCAUGCUUAUAACACUUUGAUUGCUGGGUAUGGAAGGAAAGGAAGGAUCAAAGAUGCUAGAAACAUUUUUGAUCGAAUUCCAUCUCACCAUGAUCAUGGAAGAGCUGUGAAAUUUAAAAGAAACGUGGUUUCAUGGAAUACUAUGAUCAUGUGCUAUGUGAAAGCUAGGGACAUUCUCUCUGCUAGGGUUCUAUUCGAUGAGAUGAUGGAAAGAGACACAUGUUCUUGGAAUACAAUGAUAAAUGGUUACAUAGAAAUGUCUGAAAUGGAAGAAGCUUCUAAUUUGUUUAAAAAAAUGCCAAACGCUGAUGUAUAUACAUGGAAUUCAUUAAUCUCAGGGUUUGGCGAGACAGGUAAACUGGAAAUUGCACGUGAGUUGUUCGAUAAAAUGCCUGAAAGAAACCAGGUUUCAUGGAACUCCAUCAUAUCUGCUCAUGAGAAAAACAAAAAAUAUAAAAUAGCAAUAGAGCUAUUCAUAAACAUGCAAAUGGAAGGAGAGAAACCAGAUCGACACACAUUGUCUUCCAUUCUAAGUGCUUGUUCUGAACUUGCUGAUAUCCAACUAGGCAUACAAAUACACCAAAAGGUCAUAAAGAUUGUUACACCAGAUGUUCCAUUAAAUAACUCCCUUAUCACCAUGUAUGCAAGGUGUGGAGCUAUAACACAGGCUAUGGCUAUCUUUGAGGAAAUGAAAUCAUAUAAAGAUGUAAUUUCCUGGAAUGCUAUGAUUGGUGGAUACGCGUCUCACGGGUAUGCAACAAGCGCGUUACAACUUUUUGGUUUAAUGAAGGAAGAGUUGGUGAAGCCAACAUAUAUAACAUUUAUAUCUGUUCUAAAUGCAUGUGCUAAUACUGGUUUAGUUGAAGAAGGGCGCAUGCAUUUCAAAUCCAUGGUUGAUGAAUUCGGAAUUGAACCAAGGGUAGAACAUUUUGCUACCCUUGUGGAUAUUUUGGGUAGGAAUGGACAUCUUGAGGAGGCUAUGGAUGUAAUUAAAGGGAUGAAAAUUGAACCUGAUAAGGCAGUGUGGGGUGCUUUGUUGGGUGCUUGUAAAGUGCAUAAUGAUGUUAAGUUAGGGCGUGUUGCAGCUGAAGCAUUGAUAAAGCUUGAACCUGAAAGCUCUACAGCGUAUGUGUUGUUGCAUAAUAUGUAUGCCGACAUUGAACAAUGGGAUGAUGCAAUAGAGAUCAGGAGGUUAAUGGAGAAACAUAAUAUAAAAAAGGCUGCAGGAUACAGCCUUGUUUAG